AGAUCAUCGACAGACCUGCAAUCGCAUCACGUUGAGCGGCGAACGUGCCUUUCCUUCUUUUCAUCGCGCCCAUAUCCUCCUUCGUUUCUUGUCUGAGCCUCUCUCCCUCGGCGCUCUUCCAUCAUGCGUCGCGCGCUUCAGCGCUACUCGGCCGCUAUUCCUCGCAGCCUCGCCUCCAUCCCCAUCCGACAGACAUCUAGCAUUCAAUGCCUGAGAAGAACCACACCUGCGCCAUCAUGCCUCCUCACACAACCUAACACCAUUCGCCUCAUACACCAAUCCUCCCUCCGACCCCAAUCCGCCGCGGCAGUCGCAGAAGAUGGCUCCGAAGCCCCACACAUCGACACCGGCGCCGUCACGCGGUUCGACGAGCUGCAAUCGCGCAACCUCGUGCAUCCCAAUGUCAUCCGCUCGCUCACGCGAGGCAUGGGGCUGGAGACGAUGACGGAGGUGCAGCAGCGCACGAUCAACGAGGCUUUGCGCGGCGACGAUGUCAUUGCGCAGGCGAAGACGGGUACCGGCAAGACGCUUGCGUUCCUCAUUCCCGUUUUGCAGCGCAUCCUCAAUGACGACCCGUAUCUUGCGCAACCAUCCCACGACCGUCGCGGCCCGCGCACGACUGCCGAUGAUAUUCGCGCACUGAUUAUCUCCCCGACUCGAGAAUUGGCAGAGCAGAUUGCGGUGGAGGCGCGGAAGGUGGUUGCGCAUACUGGGCUGAUUGUGCAGACGGCUGUUGGUGGAACGCAGAAGAGAGCAGGGCUUGCGGCUAUUCAGCAACGAGGCUGUCACAUCCUCGUGGGCACGCCGGGCCGGCUGAAGGACAUCCUCUCCGAUCCCUACUCGCGAGUUCAGGCCCCCGAUCUCAGCGCGUUCGUCAUGGACGAGGCCGAUCGGUUGCUGGAUCAAGGCUUCUGGCCUGAGAUUCAAGAAAUCAUGCGCUACUUGCCCACCCCACAAGAGAAGGACCGACAAACGUUGCUGUUCUCCGCCACCGUCCCGCAGGAAGUCGUCGAGCUGGUGCGCAGCACGCUGAAGCCGGGCUUUCAAUUCGUGCGUUGCGUGCGCGAGGACGAUGAUCCCACCCACGCGCACGUUUCACAAAAGGUCGUCACCGUGCUGGGCUUCGAAAACGCCUUGCCUGCCUUGAGCGAGCUUUGCUCCAAGUGCUUCGAGGCUGCCAAAGAGCCCGGCGCCAGACCCUUCAAGGCUCUGGUUUACUUCAACAGCACCGCAGAAGUCAAUCUCGCCCGUGCCGCUCUCAGCACCCUCGAGCUCCCCGUUGAGGAGCGAAGCAAUCGCAUCUCCCCGCAUCCUUGGGCUCCCGCGCGCGUGUCGGAGAUUCACUCCCGACUCAGCCAGUCGCAAAGGACCGCGGCAGCCGAGUCGUUCAGGAGAGCCGAGUCCGGCGUGCUGUUGAGCUCCGACGUCACGGCGCGAGGCAUGGACUUCCCCAACGUCACCCACGUCAUCCAAGUCGGCCUGCCCACUUCUCGUGAGCAGUACAUCCACCGUGUCGGCCGUACAGCCCGCGCGGGCAAGGAAGGUGAAGCCUGGCUCCUCCUCAACCAGAUUGAAGCGCAAGAAGCGCGCUCAAGACUCCGCGGACUUCCCGUGCAGCGAGACGCCAGCCUGGAAACCGCCGCUCUGGAUCUCACCAAGGAAGGGCAAGUCCCCGUGGCCGCAGGCAAACUGCUCAGCAUGUACCAAAACGCCAUGCGCCGCGUGUCGACCGAGGAGAAGGCGGCGGUAUACAAAGCGCAACUGGGCGUCUACGGCUGGCUGCACGACAAGUCCCUACUCCUUCAGCGAAUGAACAACCUCGCCAAAUUCGGCUGGGGCAUGGCGCAGCCGCCAUUCAUAUCGCCCGUGUUGGCGCAACGGUUAAAACUCAUGCAUAUUCCCGGCGUGAAUAUUGGUAACGAUCCCAUGGCGCAGCGAAGUGGCUAUGAUAGCCGUGGGGGUCGAGGUGGGGACCGAGGCGGGUAUGGUGGUGAUCGAGGUGGUGGCCGAGGUGGGUAUGGUGGUGAUCGAGGCGGCAGAAGUUUUGGUGGUCGAGACGACCGAUCUGGCGGCCGAGACGAUCCGUUUGGAAGCUCGGGUGAUGCAUCUGGCGGACGCGGCGGCGGCUUCGGCGGUGGACGAGGUGGCGGCUUCGGAGGUGGAAGAGGUGGUGGCUUCGGUGCUGGAAGCCGCGGUGGAGGUGGAGGAGGUCGAUACUCGCGAGAUGCGCCCCCGCGAUCAUCUCGGCCGCCUCAGGAUGACCCGUUCCGUCUUUAGGCGUGGGGUGGUUGGAUUGAUUUGCUAGCGUCGUUGACUCGCAUGGUGAUGGCGUCUUCGGGGGCAUGGUCUUUCGCAUAGCGCGGCUUGGGGCAUAGGGAACGGAGCGGGAUUAUGGGUGUAACAUUACAGGAUGGGUUGUAUGUAGAUAGUAAGGCUCUCCAAUCUCUUGUGCUGCAUUGGUCACGAGUAUGUGUCCAAAAGCUAUUGACUCAAA